UGGAAAGAGCCUCUCCGAGAAUGUUUGCUGAUGAUACUAAUAUAAGUAUUGCGGCAAAAUCUGUAACAGAGCUUGAAUCAAUAAUUAACUCUGAAUUGAAAAAUCUUAAUCAAUGGCUCAUAGCUAACAAACUGAGUCUAAAUGUCGCUAAAACGGAAUUUAUGAUAAUUGGAUCUCGUCAACGGUUAAUGAUACACAAUAAUGAACAAAUAAACAUUGAAAUUGACGGGAAGAUAAUCAAGAGAGUUAAAGAUACGAAAUCAUUAGGAUUACAAAUUGACGAGCACCUAGUAUGGGCGCGACACGUUGAAGGCAUUUCCAAAAAGGUUGCGUCGGCAAUUGGUGCUCUUAAAAGGAUACGCCAGUUCAUAGAUACAAGCACUGCCCUCAAAAUUUACGGAGCUUUGAUUCAACCGUAUUUUGAUUAUUGUAGUUCAGUUUGGGAUGGUUUAAAUAUCACGUUAAAUGAUAAAUUGCAAAAACUGCAAAAUAGAGCAGGGAGGGUAAUUACCAAAUCUGGAUACGAUGCAAGUUCCAGCGACCUUUUCACUAAACUAGGUUGGGACAAUCUUUCGACACGCCGGAAAAAACACAAGGCUGAAAUAAUGUUCAAAAUUCUUAACGAUUUAACACCGAAUUAUCUCCGUAAUUUAUUUGAAUUCCACAGCACAGGAUACAAUUUGAGAAACUCUGAAAAUGCUUUAUUUGUACCAAAACCGCGAACAAAUUAUGCUAAUCGAAGUUUUAGUUAUAGUGGCGCGGUGUUGUGGAAUGAGUUACCUCAAAAUGUACGAGCAUUAUGCUCUCUUAACCAAUUUAAAAGGGAGAUUGACAACAUUUUUUCCCUAUAAAACAGACUCUCGCACGGCAAUCUUGUAAAUCAGUUUAUAUAUCUGUAUUUUAAAUUGUAUUGUAUUGUGUUGUAUUUAGUAAUUUUGUCCCUAAAUAUCUAAUGAAUGUAUAUAAUUAUAGCCCACUUUUUAUACUGUAGAUUUUACC